AUGACUGCAGAUGCGCGGCGUUCGGUCCUUACGACUCUGCUACGAUUGAAAACUCAUACGGCCUUCCUGCUCCAGCCACGAAGACCCGUACUUCCCGCCCCAACUCUCCAACCAUUCCCAGCCAGCGAAACUGGUCGCAGAUUUCGGAAGCUGCUCCCUGUGCGCACCCUAUUUACCUGCCAGGAGAAGAUGGCAGCAGAUGAUCCGGAUAUCGAACAAUUAUUUCGCUAUACAAGUGGGCGAUGGCUCUGGGAUGAAGAACAGCAGCUCCAAGACAGAUACAAGGCCUUUAACGUCACUCAGCUUCAAACCUUGGCAGCUCAAGCAAUAGGUUCGGAUGGCUGUGUCUCGAUCACAAAGCUGGCAGAGGGGGGGUUCAACAAAGUUUUCCGCCUCCAGAUGAGUGAUGGGAAAUCGCUUUUGGCGCGUAUUCCUAACCCAAAUGCUGGGCCCGCCUUUUACACAACUGCCUCCGAAGUUGCUACUAUGGAGUUCGUUCGAGACAUUCUCCAGGUGCCAGUCCCUCGAAUACUGGGAUGGAGUGCAAGUUCCCAAAACGAAGUGGGGUCAGAAUAUAUCUUCAUGGAGGAGGCGGCCGGAAAACAACUAGCAACGCAAUGGGAUGACCUAACUCCUGAUUCAAAGCUAGCUAUCAUGAGAGAGAUUGUGGCUAUAGAGACAAAGUUAUUGUCGGUAUCUUUUUCGCACUACGGGAGUUUAUAUUUCUCGAGUGACAAAGUAGAUGGCGCGGUUCCGGCUCAAAUCACAAGCGAUGCCCCUAUUGAAUUGAAAGAGCGGGUCUCUAAGAGAUUCACUAUUGGCCCAACUGUCGAGCGAGAUUUCUGGAAAAAAGAGCGUGGUACAAUGGACAUAUCACGAGGUCCUUGGUCAAGUGCCAAGGAGUACGCAUCGAGUGUUGGUUGGCGCGAAGUUGAUUGGAUAACAAAGUACGCCGUUCCAAAGCCAUCGGACGAUAUUUUGAGCUGUACAUCCCAAAACGAGCCACGUGCGCAUCUCAAUCUGCUGGAGAAAUACCUUGGCAUUGCCCCCAGUCUUAUGGACAUUGAUCCCCUCCUUAGCCGUCCCACUCUUUGGCACAGCGACCUCCACUCAUCCAACUUUUUUGUUGAUAACAAUCGUAUUACUGCAGUCAUUGAUUGGCAAGGCUCGUGGGCCGGUCCACUUCUACUGCAGGCACAACCAUCUCCCUUGGUGGAUUAUCAAGGCAGCAUCCUACUUAAGCGCCCAGCCAAUUUUGACGACCUUGAUUCCGAGCAACAAGUUCAAAUUAAGCGACAAAUUUUCAAAUCGACUCUUUUCCAGCUUUACUUGAUGGAGACUGAGAGAAGGAAUCCGCUGCUUGCAAAAGUGUUCCAUCUGAACCAUGGAAAAACAAGACGUCUUGCCGUCGAAUUGGCAGGGAAUACCUGGGACGAUGAAAUUGUGCCUUUCCGAGAGGCACUCAUCAAUGUUGAAAAGCAUUGGCAAGAGAUGGGGAUCCAAGGUAAUUGCCCUUAUCACUUCACGGAGGAAGAGUUAAAAGGCCAUGCUGCAGAUGCCGAGGGUUGGAAUGAAGUUCAGGACUUUUUUGAUAGCAUCGAAGGCCUCGUGAAGAGGGAUGGCUGGACCCAUCUUGAAACGUUUGAUGCUGCCUUUGAUUUCUUCUCCAACCUCCGGAAAUUAGGUCUCAAGAGCAUGAAAGGCCAAGAAAGAGACAUUUUCGACAAACAAACCAGCUGGGCGAGAGGCCAAAGCUGA